AGUGGAUCCCCACAAACGUGGGAGGCCCGUCUUCGCACUACGAACGAGGGGUGACCAACUACUGCACCCCGCAGUCCGUCACCCACGGAAGAGAGAGAGAGAGAGAGCAUGGACGACACCGACCCGCCACCCCCCAAGCCCAAGAGCUACCUCCUAACCAGCGCGCUCACGCCGCUCGGGCACGCGCUCUCGCUCAGCCUGCUGGACCUCGGCGCCUCCCUCGCCGCCUGCUGCACGCGCACAGAGCUCAGCUCCCCGCUCCUAACCACACUACGCGCACACAUGCACAGCGGUACACUGAUCAUCCUCGAGCUGGACCCACUCUCCGCGUCCAUCUGCCAGUCGGCGCUCGCCACGGCCGUGGCCGCGUUCGGCCGCAUCGAUGCCGUCGUCCACACUGGUGUGCCGACGUUUGUCGGCGCCCUCGAGGAAAUGGCCCCCGGUGAUAUCACCCGCCAAUUCGAGGCGGGGUACUUCGGCCGCGUUAAUGUCGUCAAGGCUGCCCUGUCCGUCAUGCGGAAGCAGCGCGGCGGGCAUAUUGUGGUUGUUACUGGGCUCACUGGCGCGAUGGGAACGCCAGGACUGAGUCUUAGGUCGGCGGCGGAUCAUGGCAUCGAGGGGUUGUGUGAUGCUCUGGCGUUCGAGGUCGCGCCGUUCGGGAUUAGGGUUAGCAUUGUGCAGCCCGGCAUCGAGACGGCGGUCUGGGGCGCCGGCGAGGUGGUGGUUGUCAAGGAGAAGGAGGAGUAUAGGGACCUCCCCGGGGGGGAGGCGGCGCGGCGGGUGCGGGGACUUGCGGAGCGGGUGGACAAGAUGGGCGGGAUGGCGGAGGUAGAUGGGCUGGCGGAUACGGUCAGGAUCGUGGUGGAGAUUGUGGGGAGCGAGAAUCCGCCCGGCAGGGUCACCGUGGGCGAGGAGCAGGUCGAGAUUGUCAAGGAAAGACUAAAGACCCUGAGUGAAGAGCUCGAGGAGUAUUUGGAGGCGAGCUUGGGCGCGGAUAUUACGGCGCCGCCGGGGCAGGGCGGCACCGGGGGCAGGUCCCGGCCCGUCGCGGGAGAGAUCGGGGAUGACUACGCAUACGCCACCCCCGCCGCGACCACCAGCUCCAAGUUUGUAGCGCCCUCAAACAUCGCCAAAUCCCCAACCUGGGUCCUAAGCAGUCUCUUGACCGUUUCCUGCAGGAGCUCGUACCCCAUUCCGGCCAUCUCGGUGGCGCACUCGAUCGCCUCGCUGAUACUGAUGGUCGGGACGACCCUGGCCGCCUCGUCCCUGCUCAAACAACCCUCGCUAUCUAGCUCCAGCAGCGUGGCGUAUUUGUUCCCCCGCGCAAAGAUCUCAAGGAAUAUCAGGUCGUCCGUCUUCACGUAUCCUGGGAAGUGCCGCGACCGCCGCAGGAACAGGUACAGAUCGUGCACGGGUCGGCUGUACCAUUGCGGGCUGAGGCGCGUGCCAAAGAAGUGGAAAGCCUGGAUCGUGGUGGGAGCUUACGACGAGGAUUAUCUCCCGCGCUUUGCGGAGGUUGUAGGAGCUGGGGGUCUCAGCUUGGUUCAUGGUGGUGCUGGAGGUGGUGGUGGCGGUGGUGGCAGUGGUGGUGGUGGUUGCUGCAAAUUAUGCGAUGAGUGA